UCAACAGCCUCAACCCUUCUUUUCCUCUUCUGUUUUUCCGCUGCAUGCUGCAGAUGCGUUCGGCAAGUGUAUUCCUAAAGAGUGGAGGAGGUUUUCGACACCUUUGCAGACUGCAGUUUUAGUCCUUUGUCGUAAUUACGUUGAAUGACUCAGCAAGCGCUCACUUCAAAAAUGUAGGUCGUCUGACAUCUGGAGAUGUAAAGCCUUCUGCAACGCCGUGCAGUUGCAGCUUUAAUUUAGUGUCACACAAAUCAAAGCAACACAUAUGAAAACUUCUUCACUGAAACUACAAGAUCCACCACCUGGACUUUGGACUUCAUGGGUUGAAGGGAAAUACGUAUCGACUGCCACUGACUGAAGAGCUCCACCAUAGAGCCUUGGAUGAUUGUGACCACGAUCUGUCUUCUGCCGCUGUUACACACACGCAGACAUGUGCAUACACAGACCCAGGGAGAGAGAGUGUGAGAGAGAGAGGGAGUGUGGGGGAGAGAACACAUCGCAGUAAAGAUGCAGCAGGAGGUUUUCCGAGAUUUGGUGGACAUGUCAUGUCGUCCAGUGAGCAGGUGUUGGAUACCCUCCAUGUGGGCUUUAAUAGGUGUGGUGUAAAACCGACCAACACACACCUGUGGGGCUUCCUCCUGUCCACAUCCUCACCGAACCUGCAGAAAGGACCCUACAUACCAUCAGAAUCAUCCACUUUUCCUGCCAUUUGGAGCUCGACGAGAUCAGACUUUAUCAGCCCAAGGAGAGAAGGCGUUGAUCCUCGGACUGAAAAGAAAGAGACUACACGCUGGAAAUGAAAGGGAAAAGGCAUGGAGGGAGGAUAGAGGCUAUGAAGGAGGAUCAAUUAGAAGAAAUGGCUGAUGGACCAAAAAAUGCCAAAAUCACUCUCAGCUUUCCGAUAAGUGCUGCUCCGCUCCCAGUUUCACUGUCAUCUCCAAAGCAGUGUCACAGCCCAUCAUCAUCCUCUCCUUCACCUCACAGACGACGGCCAUCCUCUAAGAGUUCUGAUGAGGGGUCGCUAUGGAAACUUGAUUCCACAAUGGAUGUAAAGCAUAGAUCUUUCAAGCCCCCAAGACAUGACAACUCACCAUCUUCGUCACCCUCAUCCUCUCCCUUCACGAUUCAAACGCUCACCAAGAAGGACAUGAAGUCCCAGCCUCCCAAGUGCUCCAAGCUCAGCCCUGGCACACAGUUUCUCAAAUCCCCACCAAGAUCUUCCAGUGGGUCACUGGGUGGCUCAUAUGUCACAGAAGGGUGGGAGGAGAAACACAGACUAAAUAAUGGUACUGUCUCCCCAUCUCAAACUGCGAAGAUACUCUUUAGCCUGGGUACAGCUUCCUUUCAGAGAGGGAGGGAUGGACAAAGAAAGGACAAACUAUUGGGAAGACCAGCUGGAAAAGGGGGUGGCCCUACUGGACCCAGUCUUCAUCCACCAACACUCCACCUUCCCCCACCUUUACCCACACCAACAACUGCCCCUGUGGAGGGUCUCAUCACUCCCCCCCAUUUGUCCUCUUUUUCCUCGUCUCAAAGCCUAAAGCCAGAACUGAUCUGUGGCGUUUGUCAUCGUCUCUUUAGCUCAGCCGCUUCCCUCACGGUACACAUGCGGCUGCAUCGAGGAAGCCGGGGCCUCAGCUGCCGAUUCUGUGGCAAAGUGUUCAUCCACAGUAAGAGGUUGCAAUCCCAUGAGGCCUCCUGCAGAAUAUCAGGCCUGCCCCCAAAUAGCCUAAGCUCAUCUAAAUUCACAAUGCAGCCAAAAGAGGAACCACUGGAAGAGGGUGAGGUGAGAGUGGAGGGAGGUGUGAUUGUUGGAGAAACAGACAUCAGUAAGGUACAGGCACCGAAAGGUGCUGGCAGCCUAUUGGAAUGUUUCCAAGGUGAUGAUGCAGCAGCCACUGAACUACUCGCAGGUGACGACAGCCAUUUUGUGAAGGUGAUAGAUGGCAAUGUCAUUUAUUUCUGCUCUGUUUGUGAACGUUCCUACAUGACCUUAUCCAGCCUGAAACGCCAUUCUAAUGUGCAUUCCUGGCGUCGCAAAUAUCCAUGCCAUUACUGUGAUAAGGUUUUUGCUCUGGCUGAGUACCGUACAAAACAUGAAGUGUGGCACACCGGAGAGCGGCGGUAUCAAUGCAUCUUUUGCUGGGACGCAUUUGCUACAUAUUACAAUCUUAAAACUCACCAAAAGACCAUUCACGGGAUAAAUCCCAGCCUCAUUUCCAGUGAGAAAACUGCUAAUGGCGGAUACAAACAGAAGGCCAAUGCUCUGAAGUUGUAUCGCCUUCUCCCAAUGCGUUCGCAAAAGAGACCCUAUAAGACCUACAGUGACAGUGUGCAUCAUGACCUGCUACUACAACCAGCAAAGGAAUCACCAUUGUCUUUGACUGGUAUGGCCUGUCCUCUUGGACCAGAGGACCUGCAUGAAAUGAUGAGUGAAGCGCAGAGUGUCAAACCUGAUCCGGAUGCCUUCCUUGAUGGUUUUCCGGUGCCUCUUAACACUGAGCAAAUGGAAAUCUCUGCUCUCCAUAUUGUUCCUGAAGCAGACGUGCCACAUGUUAGAAAACAGGAGAGUGAACACCAAGACAAAGAGCAAAGCGCAACUAAUGGCGGUUUGAAAACAUCCAGUAGCAGCAAAACCAAGACACCAAAGACAGUAAAAGGCACAGACAGAAACAUGCCUUCUGUUAUAACAUACGGGCACACAAAACCCUCUGUCAUUGUUCAUGGAACAGCAGUGUCAUCUUCAGUCAUUGUGCACAGCAACCAAGUUGUAUCUGAAAAUGAACAAACUCCAGUGAAAAGCCGGUCUCUUGAAACCAGCACAACUCAGACUCUUGGAAAGGGGACUUCGCUGCCAGCAAAAAGGCCAAGAUACGGCUCAGAACAUGUUAAGAAAAAAUCUAGAGAUAGUUCAGAUACAACAGAUGACGGAUCGAGAGGAACACAAGAUGCAGGGUCUGCCAGGUCUGUCCAAAAAUCCCAAAAGUCCCACAGCAGGUGUGAGAUCUCUGCUUCAAAGCAGCUGUCAUCAACGAUGGCGCCACAGGUCACAGGUCCUCUAUGCCAGAUAACCGUACGCAUUGGUGAGGAAGCUAUAGUAAAGCGUAGUAUAUCUGAAACUGACCUGAGAAGAGAUAAAAGUCGAUCACCACCCAAAAACAAGAGAAGUGAAACAUCAGGUAACCAGGAUGCCAAACAAUCUCGCCAUUCACAUCAUCACCAUAAACAUCAGACAAACUGCAAAGACAGCUUUGAUGCAAAGGGUGGAAACAAGGUAAAAGAAGGCAAAGAAGCUGUAAAAAAGUCUGCUCGACCAAAUGUUGAGAUAAGGAAAUAUUACUUUCGCCAAGAGGUCCGUGAACAAGAGAGUGAUCAUGAUAUGGAGGACAAUUUAUGGCGACCCUACUAUUCCUACAAACCCAAAAGAAAAGCCCAGGCGCAUCUACAGAGGGUCAAAUCCUGGCAGAGAAAACUAAAAUAUAAACAUUCAAUCCGCGUGAAAAGGAGAGCAGAGAGGAUCAAAAACCUUGUUCACUCAGAGAAAGUGAAACCACAAGAAAAUAGAAAGAAACAAAAGAUUGAUGAGCCCAAGUUCACGGAACCUUGCAUUGAAAAGGACAGAACUAGCCGUAAAUCUGACCCAUUUAUGGACAAGAAAGACACAGCAAAGGUUAAUAAUGGCCUUGAGAGAUCCACUGUUUCGUUGCACUCUUCAGAAACUCCAUCCACUCCUGGACCUUCUUUGGGAUUUAGGAGGCAACCCUGGGCAAAUGUGAAUGUAGCAGAAUGUGGUACAUGUGGACGUUGGUUUUCAAGUUCAAGAAAAAGGGACAAACACGAACUGAGCCAUCUGCUGGAGUUUAUGUGCCUCUUAUGUCGCGCAACUUUCCCUUCAAGGGACAAAUUGGAAAUCCACCAGAGAGCUCAGCAUCCGAAACCGAGUGAGGUGCCAACUCAUCCAGCUAAAGUGACAUUUCAGGAACAAACUGACAAGGUCACAGUUCGCACUUGGCCAGAAAAAAAUGUUGAUGAAAAAUCAAGGCAAAUUGGCUCAGUGUUAAGCGCUUGCUCUACUCGCUUGAGUAGAAGAGCAUUGUCAAGACACACCUGUCCUCAAUGCCACAAGGUCUGCAAAACAUCCUCAGCGCUGAUCCGCCAUGUACGACGACAUGAGCUGACCAAUUCACCAGAAAGGCAAAGUAAUGAGAAGGACACAGAACAUACAACAGAGAAGAAAGUUGAUUCUGUUAACUCUGGCCCUGAGAAGGACCCCUUUUCCAAUUCUCCUUCGGUCUCUGUCAUUAGCUAUUUACCACAAGAGCAGCUGAGUAGUCCACACAGUCUAUCCUCCCAACAGAACAAUGUCUUGCACAAUGAUGUAGUAACGAAACCACCGCUGGCAGACAUGUAUUAUAAUCCUGAAAAGACAGACAACCCUCAUCCAGAUCACACAAGGGAACUUGGCCCAAUGAAUCCAGACUCACCACUGGAAAGACCAGUAAACAAACAGUACACAAACCCAGAAGUGACACCUGUUUUGCACUCUGCUCUACACAGCGUACUCGUCUUGAAUGGGACUGAAUGCUUGGACUACCGCAAAAAGAACUUGGAUAGCCAAACACUCAGGUCCCCUAGUCCUUUGCACAUCUUGACAACAUCCAGCACUUCUCCAACUGACACAUUAUGUAGCAAAAAAACUCAUGCCACUCUAAUAUCCACAGCUGCACUUGCUGUCUCUAAUGAGACAUCUUUGAAACGGGGUGGGGUCAUUAUAGAGAGAGAAAAGCCAUCAUCUUGUGAUACAUCUGCGCAUGUCUCUUAUGAGGAACAGCCCUUGCACACAAAUAUUGGAGUCCAAUCCCUCUGUAGGAGUCCCUCCCCCAGUGAAGCACAAGACCUAACCAUGUCCUCAAUACUAGCAAGAGAACGAGCGAUAGAGCGACAAACAGAGAAAAAGAUGGAGGCUGGAAAACAAAGAGAAAGAGAGGACAAAAAUGAGUUGCCAAAAGAAAAGGAUACAAGAAUAGAGAGGGUGCAUCACAUGAGUAAAGGUGAACACGCCCCAAAUGAUCCAACUGAUCAGUUAGUUCCAAAAGUCGAACCUCUGAGCCCACUACCGUCCCCUCCAAACAGCCAGACUCAAGCCACUUUAAAUAGAUCCUCUCCGCCCAAGCACGCUCUCAAGUCCUCCUGGGAUUCCGUCACAUCUAUUGGGCACUUAUCACCAUUCCGUGAGGAGGUUCACCCCAACAUGCAAGGAUUUGAAGGACUUGUACUACCACCAGGGUUAACUGGUGUCACUGACCGACCUUCCGCCCAUGCCCUCCUUCUUCCAAGGGGCCAACAGCCCACCGAGCCAGAGCAUCAGGACAUUCAUUCUGUGAGAGAAUCCCGGCAGGGGGAGUCCACGCCUGCUGGGUACCAUGCGCAGGACUUUCCCCUGCCUCUCAUUGUCCCAGAAAAUUACCACUCAAGAAAGAAGCAAGAGGAAAAUCUUCUAAUGUCAGCCUAUCCCCCAGGAGCACUUUCUUUCAGCCCUCUGGGCAAGGUUAUUGUUCCCAAUGGAGGAGACUUGGCCAAGUUGCCAUUUUAUCCAGAUCCGUACCAUCUCCUAUAUGGGUCCCAGCUUUUGGCCUACCCUUAUAACUUAGCUGCUCUUCCUGUUGCUCUGAAUAUAAUGGCUCCUACUGGGGAUAAGGUGGAACCUCUCCCCUUCCUCCCUGCUAUCUUCAACUACACACCUCCUGGUGGCCCCUAUAUGGGCACCACACCGCAUCCUCUGGGGCCCAAUCCUAGUCUUUACAGCAGCAAUGGAGGCGGUUGCAACAAGAGAGACAGCAGCAGCAAAAAACAAUAAGAACUGUUGAGCAUGGCAGAGGAAGGGGAAAGUGUGCAUUGUGUCUUUUGGGGCGCCUUUUUCUUCUGAUCAGAACUAGACAUUCAUUGGAGAAAAUCUAAGCAAGACAAUGAGGAAAUCUGGGCAGAUGUCAUUAAGACAGUGACAAGACGGCUGUUCUCUUUAAAUUCAUCAUAAUCCUCGAGGUCAUCUGUUUUGCUGUUGUGCGUUGUAGUUCUAGAACCUGACCAAGUAUCCUGCUGACCCAUCAUAUGUUCUUCAGUAUAUGGCCUGCUAAGAGGAUGUCCGUUUUUGUGGAAACUUUGCUAGUUCAGUCAGCUUUACUUUUGUAACGAAACCACAGUGAAGUCAAACAUACUCUUGAAAAAUAUGUCAUCAUGUUGAUUUGAAACCUUGUCAUUCUUAUACACAGUAAAGAAGUAGGUGAAAUAAUCACAUCACAUCCUGAGUUGGAUAUGAUUAUGUCACCACUGGAUUGAGGUAUCUUCUGAAGUGGGUGAAAGUUUGAGAGUGUGAUGUGUACACAACUUUCUUGAGAGAGUGAAAACAAAAUAAACAUUCCAUGUGAGAGCCACUCCACAACUCUGGUGUUAUUAUACAGUAGGUCAGCGUGUAGACUUACAUUAAAUAGUGCUCAUACUCAAAUCAUUAAGUACUCUUCACAAACAUAACGUUCAAACUAUAAAGCAGGUAGUAGUUACUUUAACAGAGCACUCGUAGCUGCUUUAUUUGUAGCUGGUCACUGGGCAAAAAUUGCAGAAUAGUAAAUUGUUGCACUUCUGUAUUUCAUCUCAUUUCCUUCAUAUUACACGGGGAAAAAAAACUUUGUAGCAUUAUUCAGUUUGAUUGGAAGAUGGCUUUUGAGAUAGCAGUCAGGGCAAGGAUGGGAAAUUCUUUCAGGCUCUAGGCUAGGCUUUGUUUUCCACUCCCCAUUAAAAAGUACUUCCGUUUGCCUGGCUUGAUUCCUUUGCGUGUGUCAAGUUUCUGCUUAGUAGCCAAAGCUUUUUAUUGGAAGUCCCAGUGUUCACCUCUGGGCCUUUGUAGUAACGUGUUAUCUUUAUUGUAUACAACUUUGUUGUUUUUGUCUCAUGAAGUUUAGCCUUCUUGUCAUAUGGACAUGGUGUCAUUGAAAAGGCGGAGUAAACAUAAAUAAUGAAUGUACAUUUUGUUAUGGGGUUAAUGAAGUACAGCAACAUCACUAGCAGAGUUGAUUUAGGAUCCUUUGUUUGCUUUGCCACGAUUAACCUAUUAAAUGACCAUGUAUCGUCUGAUAUGCAUAUAUACCGUAGUCCUAGGAACACAUCAGUAAAGUUGGGUUCUCUAUCCACAAAGCAUGAGCUAACACUUGCUUCUUAACGGUUCAUAUCUCUGCAACAAUCUUACAAUUGUGAGCACAUCAGCUUGUUUUUCUUUACAUUCUAGCCAUGUCUCAUUUCAUAUUAAGUUUUUGGGUCACUGGUGUGAGAAAGUCCCAUGCAUGUUAGUAGCUGCCCUAGAAUUUCAAAUACAGUUGUCCAAUGGCACUGAUGCCUUGAGGCUCACCCAGAGCAAAUUGUGCGACCAUUCUAAGGAGUGCCAAUUAUCUUUGAGCCUAUUAUGUGCUGGAAUACAUAUUGUAUAUCAGAGGAACUAUGUGUGGAACCAAAAUUCUGCCUUGGUGGUAAAUAGGUCACCAUUUAGUUGUAUGUUAUUUAGCACCUUCCGAGUUCGAAGAGGGUUUUGUUGUGGGGAUUUUUUUUCUCACCAAUAUAUCUAGACCUUCCUGUUGAUGGACAUGGUCCAUUUUUCUUUAGACAUGGUUUAUUAUCACCAUCAUCAGACCAAAAGCAUGCAAAUCAAAUCAUAUUGUAUUUGAACUGAAAUCUGGUGGUUGUAAACAAUUAUUUACUGUGUUAACAUUUCAAUCAAUGUGCCUCAGCUUUGAUCUUUCCACAAUUAUCUAGAGUGAGAUGUGGCUCUGCCAGAUUUCAGCUAUUAUGGUGCCUUGUCAUGGCAUAACAAAUUUAAAAAGUCAGAAAAUAUUGUAUUUAGAAGAAACACAAGGAGAUAGAUUUUAUGAAUUUGUUUGCUAUAAAGCUGUUCAUAAAUGUAGAUGUAUGGCUGAACUGUUUUAGUAUUGUGUAAAUGUCUAGGAAAUGACUGUGCCAUUUGGAACCCCAGAAAGAUGUAAAUGUUAUUUUUAAAAGAUGUUUUAAUGUUGCCUGAUGACUUUGUCUUUAGAUUUGAUACAAAGGCUAGUGGCCUCAGCUCUCCCAAAGUAUGUAGUCCCCUUGCUCCCUCUUGUUUUCUGUCUUUGCCGCAACCAAGAAAAUAAAAUA